AUGUCCUUAAUCGACUUGAUCCAGGAAGGUGUUCGAGUGUUCGACCUGGGAGCCGACUUAUACAACGGCAUGCCGCAGUCAAGCUCGAAUAUCCCGUACUCCUUGGCCAUCUCGAAACGUCAUGGCGAUGUUGUAAGCUCGAACAUGUCUGGCUCGAAUGCUGUUAUCAUUUCUGGAGACCACGUCGGAACCCAUAUCGACGCCAUUUGCCAUGUUGCGAAAGGCAACAAGCUCCACGGCGGAGUAGACGUCUCCGAUGCGUGUCUCGGUGGUGCGUACAAGAAGCUCAGCGCGGACACUAUCGAUCCCUUGGUUUGUCGCGGACUGCUCCUGGAUAUAGCUGCUCUCAAGGGGAAGCAACGACUAGACCCGGGUGAAGGCGUGAGCUCAGCAGAUUUAGUAGCGGCGCUUAACGGCAGAAGAGUGAAUGAGGGCGAUGCAGUUCUAGUCAGGACUGGAUGGACACAGCUCUACUCAGAUACAACUGCGUAUUUGGGACUUGAGACUGGGACUCCGGGAGUUGACGCGACUGCCGCGCAAUGGCUCGCAGACCACAAAGUACGGGCGGCAGGCGGCGACACGAUUUCCUUCGAACAAGUGUCUUUGGGGCCUAAUCUUCGCAAACGACCGGUUCACGAUAUCCUCAUCUUUCAAAACGGAAUCCACAUCAUCGAAGUAAUGGACCUCGAGGAGCUGGCCGAAGCAAAUGUCACGGAAUUUCUUUUUAUUCUCUCGCCCUUGAAGCUACGCGGCGCGACCGCCUCGCCGGUCCGCCCUCUGGCCCUGGUUCAAUACUAG